GGUAAACCGGGAAAGGGUUUGCGUAACAUUCAACAAUACUACUAUAAUAUCUCGAAAGAGGACGUUCGAUUUGGCAGAGCCAAUAUUUACAUAUCUACUAAUUCUGAUGAAUCUACCGAUUCUACCGAAUCUACUAUGUCUACUACUUCUAUAUCUAAUAAAUCUACUGUUCCUACCUGA